AGUAGCAGCCCGGGCACAAAAGGGAACCCAGACUUGGCCCGGGCUGGGUGGGAAAGGCGAGUCUGGUUCUAAACACCUGAACCGGAUCCCUAGGAGAACUGAUGUCGUGAUCCCCAGGAAACCCAUAAUCUUCUAGGGGCGAUCGCAGGUGCAGGGGAUUUUUGCUCAUUCAGAUCCAGAGGCACCCAGCCCUCCCAACUCAAGGCAUCUUUUCUUCCACAAGUUGUAACCCCCAAUGAGGCCACCUCGCCCCUUUCCCUCCGCCACCUAGAGUCAGGAUCAGGUAUGGACACCGACCUUCCAGUCCCCCUGUCUCCGGCCUUUCUCAAAGUAACCAGGAUACGUGGUCAAGCCUGCCCCAGGGUGUGCGCCCCCAACUUGCCCCGCAGCGCGACUCCCAGUUCCUCCGGACGCUGGGCCACCCGCGCCGCCCGCUCCGCCCUUCGCGUGGUCCCAGCAGCCGGAACAGUUCCCGCCCCGCCCCCGCCCCGCGCUCUGCGCCCCGCCCCGGGCCCGCCGCGCUCCGCCCCGCUCGCCCCUCCGCUGCGUCGGGCUGUCCAGUCGCUGGGCAGCUCCCGUGUUUCCCGGGGCUCCUGCCGCAGCCCGUCCGGUCUCCAUGGCAACGCGGCGUCGCAGGCUCGCAGCUCGGAACCCACCGCCAGUGUGGAGCGGGGCUGGCCUUCCUGGUCUGCCCUUCGAGGAAACAACUUGGCAGGGCGGCCAGAGGGUAAGCAGCACUGUGGUGACUGUUGGGCCUCUGGAACCCCACGGCUGUCGAAGUACCGCCUGAGAAGGACAAGAAGUCCCGGUAUACCCCUGGAGAACACGUUAAAGGAAACCAGUUGCUUAAGUCUUAGCCCUGAGUUUUGUAUUCCUGAACUUCCCAGCAACUACCUGGACAAGACUGAUGUACAGGCAUCAAAAAGCAGACAGAAUGGCAGAUUGCUAUUGUAUGAUCCGAAGGAAAAACUGAUGAGCGGCACCAAUAAAGAAAAGUCACACAAAUCCCCCUUUGGACGGAGACCAAGAUUAUCAAACAAGCUUUAUACUUCUCCAGCACAGAUCCCGGGUGGAGCUAAUGCAUUCUCAGCAAAAAAAGAAGCCUCUUCAAAGAAGAUCGAAGAUAAAGUCUCUUUUAAAAGUAUCGAAAACAGACCAUCCUCAAGGAGUACUGAAAACAAAGAUGUCUUAACAAACCGGCAGUCCGACCUGUGGUCAUCUUCCUUCCUAAAAGGAAGUGCAGGUGAAACAAGCAAGGAUUUGGUCCUUGCAAAGCAAGAGGAAAAUAGUGACUACUGCUUUGAGGACAUUGAGGAGAACUUGUCAGACUCGACAGAUGGUGACGGCGAAGAGGACAGCAGCACCGAAGAUGAUGAGGGCCCCGCUAAGAAGGAGACUCGAGCCCCUCUGGAGCUAAUGGCAGAAUUCCUGAGAGCAGAAAUGGGCCGAGACUACCAGCUGGCAAAGAAAUUAUGUCAGAUGAUCCUAAUCUAUGAACCAGAAAAUCCUGUGGCCAAGGAAUUUUUCUCACUUAUUGAAGAGAUAUUGCUGAAGGAGAAAGCUCAGGACGAAGAGGACGAAGAGGACAGUGACGAGGACUCAAGCAGCGAGAGCGAGGUGGAGAGCAGUGAGGACGGCAGUGAGGACAGCUCGGACGAGUGCGAGGAUGGGUCCUAGCAGGCACAGCUGCUGUGAGAGUUAUUUUCAAGAGUAUAUGCUAUGCAAAUCCAAAUAUAAAGUAGAGAGCUGCCGUGUGGUGUAACUGUGGUUUCUUCGGUGCAGAGUUCAAGUGUUCCACAUUCUUAGUUUGAGCUCCUUGCCAAAGUCCAAGGCUGGCCACUUAGAGAGGGAAGCAUGGAAGAGGUAGAGUGUGUCAGGAACACAGAGUAGGU